ACAUUUAAAAAGCGGUCAAAAUAUUUGUUUUUGAGCUAUUUUCUUGGGGUAUUUUCAACGCUUUUGUUUUCUGUUUAAUACUAGAUGCAUCUGCAAAUAAAUUGCACCAUGUUUUCUAUUAGUUUCGACUAUUAAACGGUUUAUAUUUAUAUAUAUUUAGAAAUUAGAAUUAAUUUUUGUUUUGUUGGUAAUUUUCUCGAAAAUUGACGCAAAAAUAAUGUAAUCGUUUUUGCGUUGUUUUGUUGUGUAUGUUCUAAAGCGUUGUUUGAGUUAACUGCUUUAUGGUUUUCUAAUUCGUUUUAUAGGCCUUAUUUCUGAAUCUAUUGCAGUGUGUGGAUAAGCAGACAUAACUUUUGGUUGGUUUGGUCAUUUAUAUUCUCAUGGGUGGGAACUUGAGUGGCUUAUCCAUGGUUACCACUCCCACGCCCACAAUUGAGCUAAUAUAUGAAUGAAAGCUAAUAUAUUUAGAACCUAAUAAAUGUAUUUUGCUAAUAAUAUAUAUGUAUAUAUAUAUAUAUAUAAUUAUGGGUAUAUGUUUAUUUUAUGGAUGGUGCAACCGACCCACUUUUUAACUGAAGCUUUCCCACACUUUUUAUUUUUAGUUUUUUUAAUGAAUGUCGUUAUAUUAAAUAACUUUUAUCAAUAAUGUGUUUUAAAAACUAUCUUUUUAAUGCAGCAAAAAAUUGUAAUACAGUAUGUGUUUACAAAAAUUAUCAAUAAAAACUUUUUUCAGCCAUAAGCCAUAAUACAACAUUUUUUAAAAUGUCGCUCAAAAUUGCCAAAGAUUUUCUUAAGUUUGUUGACGCUGGGCCAUCGCCUUACCAUGUGGUGCACGAAUGCCGUUCUCGGUUAGUGGCCGCUGGUUUUACGGAGCUCAAAGAGCGGGACCACUGGAGCAUAACGCCAAGCGGGAAGUUUUUCAUGACGAGGAACCAAUCUACUAUUAUUGCCUUCUCUGUUGGGAAAAAUUUUCGACCCGGAAAUGGUUUCACAAUUGUAGGCGCUCAUACCGAUAGCCCGUGCUUAAGAGUUAAGGUUAACAGUGCUAGGCAAAAGCAAGGGUAUCAGCAAGUGGCUACGGAGUGCUAUGGUGGGGGGAACUGGAAUUCCUGGUUUGAUAGAGACCUAAAAAUAGCUGGUCGGGUGCUCGUUGCUGGGGAAAACGGGAAAAUGACGUCAGAGUUAGUGCAUGUAAAUCGUCCAGUUAUAAGAGUGCCCCAUUUGGCUAUACACCUGCAAAGAGAAAUGAAUGAGAAGUUCUCGAUUAAUAAGGAGACGCAUUUAGUGCCGAUUUUCGCUUUGGAAUCUGACAAGCAAUUGAAUAAACCAUCGGAAAAGCACCUGACUAUUCUUAUGAAUAUGCUGGGUAAAGAAAUAGGGUCUUCUGCGGAAAAAAUCGUUGAUUUUGAUCUUUUUCUGGCAGACCAUCAGCCGUCUGCUAUUGGGGGUGUUUUGGAGGAAUUUAUUUUUGCUCCGAGAUUGGAUAACCUUCUAAGCAGCUAUGCCGGGCUUCAAGCGCUCAUUGAGUCCUCUUCGGACCUCUCUUCGGAGCAAAAUGUCCGGAUGGUGGCGCUUUUUGAUAACGAAGAAGUGGGAUCAAACAGCGCUCAAGGAGCAGGGUCCUCUCUAACGGAAUACAUCCUGAGGCGAAUUUCUUCUGAUCCCAAAAAUCCAACCUCGUUCGAAGAAGCAGUGCCCAAAUCUUUGCUGAUAAGCGCCGACAUGGCGCAUGGGGUACACCCUAAUUACCCAGAGAAGCAUGAGUCACACAUGCGGCCCACAUUGCACGGCGGUCCCGUUAUUAAAACCAAUAAUAACCAGCGGUAUGCAACGACGGCCAUUACCGCGACAAUCGUCCGCGAAUCGGCGAAAAUUGCGGGCGUGCCAACGCAAGAUGUUAUGGUUCGUAACGACGCUGGUUGUGGCUCAACUAUUGGCCCGAUUUUAGCUACCAGGCUUGGUAUUCGAACCGUAGACGUUGGGGCAGCACAAUUGAGCAUGCAUUCCUGUCGAGAAGUGUGUGGCGUUCUAGCACCAGAGCAGUGCUUGAAGCUGUACGUUGCAUUUUUCCAGAAUUUCCCGAAAAUUGACGAAAAUAUUUCUGUUGAGUGAAUUUUGGAGUUUAAACACUAGAUGGAUAAGAGAGUAAUUAUUUGUGAUUUUUUGACGGAAAGUUCAUUUUUUUUGUGAUUAAAAUUUAUUUAUGUAAUGUGUUGAAAUUUUUAAUUUUUUUUCUGCUGUAGUUGUUACUUAGCGUAUUAUAUGUAUAGUAGGGGGGGCAAGAUGAGACAUUUUUAGCACAUAUUAUCAAAAUAUCCUGAUCAUGUUUUAAAAAUGAACAACGGUCUAUGGGAGUCGUGAAGAUACGGUUUCAUAAUUCUUUGAAUGUUCUUUAUUUGCUACCAAAUGGGACGAGAAAAUAGAAUGAACAGGUGUUCCAUCUUCCCCCACUCUAUAUAUAUAAAUAGAUUGAUUUUUGAGUAAAUAUUGUAAAUUUUAAUAAUACAGUUCAUAUGGCAAGACACAAUGAGAGUCAUCAUAAUUUUCUUGGUAAAAAAUUACCAAAAA